UCAUUUUUGAGUAAUCUUUUAUUUCGAUCAAAUCUCAGUAGAAACCUCAUGAAAGAUGGCAGAAUUGGUCAUUCUUCUUGUUGGUCGAUGAGGCUGAAACCCUUUUCAUCAGGCCUGUUUUCUUGAGUCAUAGAAAGCACUGCACUUCCUUUGGCUUGAGCUUUUUGUCAGAGAUGUAUUGGCAUUUAUCUCAGAGAAACAUUAUAUCAGGAUCUUCGCCAGAGAUUGAGGAAAGUUCAUAUAAGGGAAUGGCUUUUCCAUAUCAUUGUAUGUGGACUCAAGCUAGGCAUGAUUUGCAGUAUAUUAAUUUGAAUAAUGGGUCAUACUUGUUGGGAACUCUUCCUGGUUCGUAUCAUGCUUCACAAAUAGAGUCUUUUCUCUCUUGUUUUUCUAAUCUCGAUGUUUCAUCAAUUUUUGUGAUAUUCAUAUGAAAAUACUCUUUCAACAUGUCUUUGUCUAAACCCUGAGGCUUUACUUCUCCCUCAGUAUUCAUCUCAAAAUCAACUUGCUCUUUACUUUUCAUACCUCUACUUAUACUCUUUUAGCUUCAAAUUCCGAACUAUACACUCUGCACUUAUAAAAUACACUCCCAUCUUA